AUGGGCAGUAGACUUGAGAAGAACUCGUCCGCGGUGCGGAAGCGGAUUGAGGAACACACCUUCUCCGGCGAGGAUGGCGAAGAGUACGAGCCGAGUGCCUUUGGGGGCUUCAGCGACUACUUCCGGAGAAAGAAGAUCAAGCUGCAGAACCUGGAUGCAGACAUGCGUGCGUCGGCGCCCGAUAAGCCCCAAAUAUUCAAAGGCGUCGUCGCGCAUGUCUCCGGCUACACUCAACCUCCUCUUCACGUUCUACACAAGGAGCUGGUCCAGCAUGGAGCCGGAUUCCUUCAGUAUUUGGAUGGCAAAACGAUGGCAACGCAUAUCAUAGCAUCCUCACUGCCUCCCAAAAAGGCCGUAGAAUUCAGCCGAUACAGGAUUGUCAAACCCGCGUGGGUGGUCGAUUCCAUCAAGGCAGGCAAGGUUCUUCCGUGGAACGAGUACCGGCUCAUCGAUGAGGGACCGAGACAAAAGACGAUCCAGUUUGAUGGUGGCCGUUUAUUCUCUCAGAGCACCCAGAAGACGCAGCUUGGGUAUCGAGAGCAGACCCAGAACAGCUUCUAUGCCGGGCAGUUUCAGCAGACGCCCAGCAAAACAGACGCUGCAAGUGGUGAUCGGCAAGCUACGCUCCAACAAGUUGAAAGUAUCGAGGACGAUGAUGCUAUGGACUUCGAUAUGCCACCGAGCAUGCAAAAGUCCAGAUUACCCGAACAGGGUCCGCCAGAGGCUCCGUCAGAGGCUCCGACCGAUCCCGGCCCUUCAGAAGCCGAGAACAAGGAUGUCGAACCCGAGGCCCUUCUCGAAGACGUGUCCAAAGCUGAAUCAGAAGAUCGUCCGACGGAAUCAGAGAUUCCUGAGGUUGCCUCCGGAUCGACAGCUCCAAAGCCACGGCAGAUGACGUCCGAGGAGCACAAUGCUCUCUUACUGGCAGAUCCGCAUAUCAGGAAAUCCUCGACAGCUAAUCCAGACUUCAUCAGACAGUACUACUCUGAGAGCCGACUGCACCAUCUCUCAACCUGGAAAGCAGACCUCAAAUCAAAGAUGCAAAGACUCGCUGCCCAGAAACGGCCCGUCGCAAAGGUGCUGAAGAAGAAGCUUAGCACCAGGAGAUAUAUCAUGCAUGUAGAUUUCGACAGCUUCUUCUGCGCUGUGUCGCUCAAGAAGCAUCCGGAGUGGGCUGACAAGCCUGCCGUCGUGGCGCACGGUACCGGCACCGGGUCCGAGAUCGCGUCUUGCAAUUACCCUGCUCGAGAAUUCGGCGUCAAGAACGGCAUGUGGAUGAAAAAGGCUCUGGAUUUAUGUCCGAACCUCAAAGUUCUGCCCUAUGAUUUCCCGGCCUACGAAGAUGCCAGUCAGCUCUUCUACGAGGCGAUAUUGGAUGUUGGAGGUGUAGUGCAGAGCGUCAGUAUUGAUGAGGCCCUCGUAGACGUCACAUCCAUUGUCUUGUCGGGGGCCGGGUCUGAAGGGGUCGGUAUUGACGAGGGCAGUAUUUGGAGAGAACAGGCGAAAGCUGACGAACUGGCGACGGAUCUUCGCCAGCGCAUCAAGACGAAGACUGGUUGCAAUGUCUCGGUUGGCAUCGGGGCGAACAUCCUGCUCGCCAAAGUCGCACUACGGAAGGCUAAACCGGCGGGCCAAUACCAGAUCAAGCCCGAAGAAGUGCUGGGCAUUCUCGGCGAGCUCAAUGUCGAGAGCCUUCCCGGUGUCGCCUACAGUAUCGGCGGUAAGCUCGAGGAGAUCGGCGUCAAAUACGUCAAGGAUAUCCGGGACAUCACGAAAGAACGCCUCGUGUCAGUUCUUGGUCCGAAGACUGGCGAGAAACUCUGGGAGUAUGCCAGAGGCAUAGACAGAACGGAAGUCGGUGACCAACCCAUCCGAAAGUCGGUAUCAGCCGAAGUAAAUUGGGGCAUCCGCUUCAUCAGUCAGGAGGAAGCCGAGGAAUUCGUGUUGAAUUUGUGCAAGGAGCUGGAGAAGCGACUGCUGAACGAGCAGGUCAAGGGGAAGAAUCUUACCAUGAAGAUCAUGCGAAGGUCGUCAGAUGCGCCGCUUGAUCCUCCAAAACAUCUUGGCCACGGCAAAUGCGACACGUUCAACAAGUCCAUAGCGUUUGGCGUUGCGACGAAUGACGCAAGAACCAUUGGGAAAGAAGCUGUGGCAAUACUGCGCUCGUUCAAGUUCACACCAGGGGACUUGCGAGGAAUCGGCGUUCAGCUCACCAAGCUGGAGCCAAUCAAAGCCACAACAACUGCGCCGGAUGGAAGUCAGAAACGGAUCUCCUUUGGCGCUCCAGCGGCUGCUCCAGCGAAGCGGACGAAGGCGGAGCCGAUCGAGGACGAACCGGGCGUCAAACGCAACGUCUCGUCACAGGGGCGGAGUGUUGAUGCAGACCCUAUUGCGGACGACCCGUUGACUCCGCGUAAACCCAAGAUCAGCCCUGUCCACCCUGCUUUUGCCUUGUCCAAGGCCGGGGAAGCGGACGCAAAAGCCACGACGCCCCUAAAUGUAACGGGCACCCAAUUCAUCAUGCCGUCCAAUGCGGACCCGGCCGUCUUGGCGGAGCUGCCCCAGGACAUUCGCAGCAAGCUGAUGGCACAGCAGAAACGUGCUGCCCAGGUCCAGGACGAAUCACCUAGUAUCCGUUCGAGGACGCAAAGCCCGGCGGUCGUGGAUGAAGUACCCCCGGACAUUGACCCAGAUGUGUUCAACGCACUCCCGGAUGAAGUGAAGGCCGAGGUUCUCGCAUCCUACGGCCGGAGGCCUGGUCAAGCCGUCCUUCCGCAGUCACCUCGACGGGACAGAGUCGUGCACCAAGCCACUCCAAAGAAGACGCCGACCAAAGGUGGGAUUCGCGGGAUGUUUGGUCGAGCGCGGGAAAGACAGCACGAUGCCGAGGCGAGGCUUCAGCAGACAAGUUUCCUCCCGACUACCACCAGGGAGACAGAAUGCGGUACUGGUGGUGGUGGUGGUGGUGGUGGUGGUGGUGGUGGUGACUCGGAUGAUGCAUUGCUGGAGGAGCUUGACCCGGAAUUCCUUGCCGAGCUGCCGGAAGAAGUCCGCAAAGAAGUCAUUGCAGACCACAAACAACGCCGGAUGGCGCAGCGAUCGGGUCUGAACUUCCAGGCACCACAGCGUCGUGGCACCGGGGUGGGUGAUGGUGCCGCCAACCUGCUCGGUGGCCAGACCAAACUCCAGUUUCCGCCCAAACCGCCCAAGAUCAGCUUCACCAAUGCGUCACUGACGUCGGUGCCCGAGAUCAAGGACAUGCUGAACGCUUGGCACCGACAGACUCGGGAUGAAGGGCCGCACCGGACGGAUGUGGAGAUGUUUGAGAGAUAUCUGAAGAGAGUCGUCACGGAGGAGAAAGACAUGGACAAGGCGCGGAAGCUGGUGACCUGGCUCGACUGGGUCGUCGAGGAGGACACCGAGAGCAACAGGAGGGGGAGGCGGGGCUGGAGGAGCGCGGUCGUCAGCAUCAAGGCUGCGGUCCAGACGGCCGUCCGCGAGAGGGGACUUGGGCCGAUGAAGUUUACGUGA